AUGUGGAGGCGUCAUCAGGGCCGCUUUAGGCCCGUGGGUUGCGGGAUAGAGGAACUAAGGCGCAACCGGCGGGAGCGGGAGGCAGCACUACGGAAGGCUCGGAGGGAGCAGCAGCUGGUCAGCAGGAGGCUGCUGAGAGACAACGCCCUGGAGGAAGCCAGCGGGGUGGUCGAGAUCCUUGGGGAAGCCGAGAUCCUGCAGUUCCUGCGGCUUGCCCAUCGAGGGACAGAGGAAAAGGAGAGAGAGAAGGCUCUUGUUAGCCUUCAUCGAGGCUUGCAGCACCCUGAAACACAGCAAACUUUUAUCCGGCUAGAGGGCAGCAUGCGGACCCUAGUUGGGCUCCUUACCAGCAACCAGGCCCUGCUGCAGCUUGCGGCAGCUCGAUGCCUGCAUGAGCUCUCUCAUUCUGAACAUCCUGCGGUGGCUGAGGCCUGCCUGCCAGCUACAUCGUACCUCCUCACCUACCUCUCCGGUCAUAGCUCAGACUUCAUAGAGCUGUGUCUCUAUACACUGGGUAACCUGAUUGUGGGGAGUGAGGCUGUAAGAAAGCAGCUCCUGCCACAGGGCAUUGUCCCAGCCUUGGCUGCCUGCAUCCAGUCCCCCCAUGUGUCUGUGCUGGAAGCACUUGGAUAUGCCUUAUCCCAGCUUCUGCAAGCUAAAGAAGCUCCAGAGAAGAUCAUUCCCUCCAUUCUGGAUACGCCACUUCCCCAGCACAUGCUGCGACUGUUGCAGCCUGGUCCGAAGCUGAGCCCUGGGGUAGCUGUGGAGUUCUCCUGGUGCCUUCACUAUAUCAUCUGCAGCCAGGUCAACAAUGCCUUGCUCAUUACCCUUGGAGCUCUGUCCACUCUGGGGCUACUGCUGUUGGAUCUGGCUGGGGUUGUCCAGAGAACUGAGGACACAGGACUGGAGCUGCUAGCAUGCCCUGUGCUUCGGUGUCUCAGCAACCUACUAACGGAGACAGCAGUGGAGGCUGUGGAAGGGCAAAUACAGCUUGGAGAUGAGCGUGUUGUGGCUGCCUUAUUUAUCCUUCUGCAGUUCUUCCUCCAGAAACAGCCCAGCCUGCUUCCUGAGGGUCUCUGGCUCCUUAACAACCUCACUGCAAACAGUCCAAGUUUCUGUACCUCUCUUCUCUCCUUGGAUCUGACUGAGCCUCUCUUGCAGCUCUUGCCAGUGUCUAAUGUGGUGAGCGUAUUGGUGCUCACAGUUCUGUGCAACAUUGCAGAGAAAGGUCCUGCUUACUGCCAACGGCUGUGGCCUGGGCCCCUGCUACCCUCAUUGUUGAACACACUAGCCUUUUCUGACACUGAAGUAGUGGACCAGAGUUUGGAGCUGCUGCAGCUGCUGUUCCUGUAUCAGCCAGAGGCAGCCCAGGCCUUUCUGCAUCAAUCAGGGCUGCAGGCUCUGGAAAAGCAUAAGGAGGAAGUCCAGCUCCAAGAUCGUGUGCAUGCUCUCCGGGAGACAGUGCUCCAUGGAUGA